AUGGCCUUGACUGACGGCGGCUGGUGCCUGCCGAAGCGCUUCGGGGCCGCGCCUGCGGACGCUGGCGACUCAGGAGCCUUUCCAGCGCGGGAGCCCUCUACGCCGCCUUCCCCCAUCUCCUCCUCUUCUUCCUCCUGCUGCUCUCGCGGUGGGGAGCGCGGCCCCGGCGGCGCCAGCAACUGCAGGACACCGCAGCUCGACACGGAGGCGGCGGCGGGACCCACGGCCCGCUCGCUGCUGCUUAGCCCCUACGCCUCGCAUCCCUUCGGGGCUCCCCACGGACCUUCGGCGCCGGGGAUCUCUGGCCCCGGGGGCGCCCUGUCGAGCUGGGAGGACCUAUUGCUCUUCACUGACCUCGACCAGGCCGCGACCGCCAGCAAGCUGCUGUGGUCCAGCCGCGGCGCCAAGCUGAGCCCUUUCGCCCCCGAGCAGCCCGAGGAGAUGUACCAGACCCUCGCCGCCCUCUCCAGCCAGGGGCCCGCCGCUUACGACGGCGCGCCCGGCGGCUUCGUGCACUCGGCGGCCGCCGCGGCUGCGGCCGCGGCCGCGGCGAGCUCCCCAGUCUACGUUCCCACUACGCGCGUGGGCUCCAUGCUGCCCGGCCUGCCGUACCUCCAGGGGGCGGGCGGCGGGCCCGCCAAUCACGCGGGCGGCGCGGGCGCGCACCCCGGCUGGCCCCAGGCCUCCGCCGACACGCCCAGCUGCUCGCAGAGCGCAGUUCCGACCCACAGCCUGGCACCCUUCGGCGAGCGCUGUUUGUUUAGGGCUCGCAACACCGCGCAGACCCCGGACUCGCGCUCGCCUGCCGGCGCCCUCGGCCUCUCUCAGCGCUCUGGAGCCCCCUCCGCCACGGCUGUUCUCCAUGCGCAGCGCCCACCCGAGGUUCGGCUGCUUCCUCUCUUGCACGAUCUCUCUUCUUUCCUCCUCUGCACCCCCCACCCGUCGCUGGCCCGUCGGCCUCGGCUCUCCGGCCCUCUGCGGGCCGCGAUCGGCUUCGAGGGUUUCUACCUUCUCCACUCCCAGCAGGCACCCAGCCAGGAGGGAGCCGCUUCGGGGCGGAAGGAAAACCUCGGCCAGCCUCGCAGUCACCCUUGGGGUCUGGCGCUCGCGCUGAUGAAGGAUGCUGCGGAGGGGGUGGGAGGGGAGCGCGAAGGGACCCGAGCCGUGCGGGUGAGGGAGAGCUUGUAUCCGGGUCCUGGGAAGAUCCUGUGGCGGCUGCGCAGGCCCCAUGCCCCUCUCCUUACCCACCCCUUGAGCCCGGGGCUGAAACGGGAUCUCUGA